GCCCUUCACUUCAUUGACAUUUUUCCUCUGAUUGGGAUUGAAUAGUCGCAAUACUCACUUGUGUUUUUUCAUUUCGGUUUUAACACCUGCACGGCAGCAGCGCUGUUUUGUACUACAACAAAAAAACUCAUUGCCUUUAUUAUUACUGAACCCAUCGAUACAAUGGAGCAAUGCAAUGGGUUCUAAAAGUGAACCCCUUCCGCGUGCUGGUGCCGUCCACGGUGGUAGAGCAGAAGAGUUGAGCGUCGCUGCCGGGGAGAAGAUGCUGAGGUCGCUGUUCCACUUUGCUGCUGUGAGGCCGAGCGCGUCUCCACCGGCCCUCGCAGGAAGUGAGCGCCCGACGGACAGGAGCAGGACGGACGGACGCACAGACACACCGUCCCUCCCCGCCAUGGGCGCCGAGACGGGCCUGCGGCGGUCAUGGGCGCUGCUCGCCUUCCUGGGGGUGGCAGUGGCUUCCCGGUGGGGCGCGGCGGCGGCGGCGGUGGCGGCGGCUGAGGUCUACACCAACACCUGGGCUGUCCGUGUCAUCGGGGGGGCCGGCGAGGCCGACCGCAUCGCCAGGAAACACGGCUUCGUCAACCACGGAAACGUGUUUGGGGAGUACUACCACUUCAGGCAUCACGGUGUGGAGAAGAGGUCCCUGUCCAGCCAUAGAGGGACCCACGUUCGACUGCAGAGCGAGCAGCAGGUGGUCUGGGCUGAGCAGCAGGUGGUGAAGAGCAGAAGGAAGAGGGAUGUGUUCAAGGACCCCACUGACCCUGAGUUUCCCAAACAGUGGUACCUGUCCAACCCAACUAACCAGGAUCUGAACACCAAAGAGGCCUGGGCAAAGGGAUUCACCGGUCGCGGUGUGGUGGUCACCAUCCUGGACGACGGCAUUGAGAAAGACCACCCAGACCUCCGCAGGAACUACGAUCCGGAAGCCAGCUACGACGUGAACGACGGAGAUGCAGACCCACAGCCCCGCUACACCCAGCGCAAUGAAAACAGGCAUGGAACCCGGUGUGCUGGGGAAGUGGCCGCUGCUGCCAACAACGGCGUGUGCGGUGUGGGGGUGGCCUACAACUCUAAGAUCGGAGGCGUGCGCAUGCUGGACGGGGAGGUGACGGACGUGGUGGAGGCCCACUCCCUCAGCCUGAACCCCCAGCACAUCCACGUGUACAGCGCCUCCUGGGGGCCCGACGACGACGGCAAGUCGGUGGACGGCCCCGCCAAGCUGGCCAAGGAGGCCUUCCUGCUGGGCAUCACCAAGGGUCGCGGGGGCCGCGGCUCCAUCUUCGUGUGGGCCUCGGGGAACGGCGGGCGGGAGCAGGACAACUGUAACUGCGACGGCUACACCAACAGCAUCUACACGCUGUCCAUCAGCAGCUCCAGCCAGUACGGCAGCGUGCCCUGGUACAGCGAGACCUGCUCCUCCACCCUGGCCACCACCUACAGCUCGGGCAGCCCCGGGGAGAAGCAGAUUGUAACCACGGACCUGAGGCAGAAGUGCACAGACUCCCACACGGGGACGUCUGCGUCGGCACCGCUCGCCGCAGGGAUCAUCGCGCUGGCUCUGGAGGCCAACAUGAACCUGACGUGGCGGGACAUGCAGCACCUGGUGGUCCGGACCGCCCAGCCCGGCCGGCUCAGCGCGGCCGACUGGAAGGCCAACGGCGUGGGGCGGAGAGUGAGUCACUCGUAUGGCUACGGUCUGUUGGAUGCUGGUGCGAUGGUGUCUCUCGCCCAGAACUGGACCUCGGUUGGACCACAACAUCAGUGUGUUCACACCAUGCUCACUGAACCCAGAGAGGUGGGGGGCAAGCUGGUGUUCAGCCGGAGUGUGGACGCCUGCUGGGGUCGUCCGGAGGUCGUGAGCUCCCUGGAGCACGCCCAGGCCCGCCUCACACUCCGCCACCGCCAGCGGGGGAAGCUGGCCAUCCAUCUCACCAGCCCGCUGGGCACCAGGUCCACCCUGCUGUCUCCCAGACCCAAUGAUUACUCCCCAGAAGGCUUUGAGGACUGGUCCUUCAUGACCACCCACUCCUGGGACGAGGACCCCAGAGGUGAAUGGACCCUGGAGAUAGAGAACGUCCCUGCAGAUGGAGGCGAUUACGGUGUGCUGAGUCAGUUCUCCCUGGUCCUGUGGGGUACGGGCCCCAGGGCGGUGAACCCCUCCUCCUCAGACUUCCCCCGGCCGUCCAACAACAGCUGCAAGACCUUCGACGCUCAGCAGAUCUGCAUAGAGUGCAGCCCGGGCUUCUCGCUCUUCCUGCAGGGCUGCGUGAAGCUCUGCCCUCAGGGCUUCACCUCGGCCGCCCAGCUGCUCAACCUGUCCCUGGAGACCUGGGUGGACCUGUCCUCCGUGCAGGCCUGUGUGCCCUGCCACGCCGCCUGCCUCACCUGCUCCGGCCCGGGCCUGUCCGCCUGCCUGUCCUGCCCGGCCCGCAGCCACCUGCUGUUCACCUCCUGCCUGCGCCAGAGCCUGGUGCAGCGCAAGUCCCCGCCCCCGCCCGUCGACACUGCCGCCGCCGCCACCGCCGCCGCCGCCGCCGGUCUCCGCGGCAACGACGGAGCCUGGCAGGAAGUGGAGAGCUCGGCGGGCAGGGAGGAAGAUGCCGGCGGGGGCGAUGGAGGCCGAGGAGGGGAACAGCCGUCGUUGGGACGUCCCGGGUCGGGGUCGACAUCGACGACAAUGUCGACGACGACGACGACUACAACGGCAACGUCCUCCCGGCUGGUGGUCCUGUCGGCCGUGCUGGGCACUGCCUUGCUCGUGUUGGGCUGCCUGGGACUCGUCCUGCUGCUGCUGCAGACGCGGGCGGCGGGGGGGCCCAACGGCGGCGGUCUGCGGACGGCGGAGGCUCCGGGCGGCGGCCGGCUUGGGCUGAGGCUCGGCUGCGACAGGAAGACCAGGGUCUGCUACCGGGGGAUCCCCACCGUGUGGGGGGACAAGGACGGCGGCAUCGCGGGCCCCUGGGAGGGGGAGUCGGACGGGGAGGAGGACCAUAGCGAGAGGACGGCGUUCAUCCGGACGCAGAGCUCCGUCUAGGGCUGGUGGGAGACCAUUGCUGAUGGAAGAGCUUGAAGCAAGGAGGGGAUUCGCCCCGGUUGGUCACUGAUAGUGGAUCCUCAAAUCACACGGCCGGAUGUGCGCCGCACGAAAGGGACAGUAUGCGAAGAGUUAACCGAAGUUUAGCUCAAACGCGCGGACGCGAGCUGGACAGAGAGCCGUCCCGGCAGCCGCGGAUGCGUACGAAUCAAAGUCAGAGGCGCUCACGGCGUUCCUAGCAGGACUAGUGCCCUCCCUGCGCGCUACGAGCUACGAGCUAGCUCGAACCCACAGAGCCGAACCUUCCUGUUCCUUUAGUCGCAUUAUUCAUCAUGAUUUUUUUUUUUUUCAGAGAUUACCCUUAACUGUGUGUUGGUUAUUUUGCAAAAAAAAACUGCAUAGAUUUGAAAAUGUCAGCGAAAAAAAACGUUGUGUUCUCAGUGUUUUUGUACUUCGACUUCUGCAUUUGCAUCCGAUAUGCGGCUCCCAUCCCGGGGGUUAUCGCGGCGUCGCCUGCGGAGGCCCUUCUGCCCGCUGAAUGUACCAAAUCAAUCCCUCAAAACAACAUCCAGCGCACCGCAGAGAUGAAUUGGCAAUCGCACCUCGGUAAGAGCCACUUAACCAGCUGCGAGAUACAAGGCACCGUUGAUUGGUUUAUUGCGGAAAAGUGCUGCAAGUGCUAAGCGUGUUUAGUGAGCCUCUUCUCUGUUGCUCCGACGGAGAACGUUUUUCACUCUUUUUUGUAAGGACGGGAAGACUGAUCCCGCCGCCCAACCCCGAGACGUGACCUUCUCUGACAUUUUUCUCUAUCGCUGGGAAAAGGAACUUCUGCUCUCUCCCUCCUCCACGCCAUAAAGGCUGUGGUAUCGAUUGGUUUCUGGGUCUUCUCCAAGAGCAUCGCUUCAUCAGGGAAAAUAAGCAAGCUUGUCCGCGCGUUUCAAAUAACCCGGCCCGGCCUGCUGCUGUUCCCGGAGAGUCGUAGUGGGCAGUCUGCUGCCACUGGAGGACUGGAUUCACGCCUUGGUGAAUCAGUGUGAACCACUUGGAUUAACGACGUUUCCUAUUGUGGUUUAUUUUCUACACGUUUUUUUAUUUAUUUAUUUAUUUGACUUGGUAACGGUUUAUAUU